AUGGGAGCUGGUUCGCCUAUUUCAAAAUAAAAAAAAGAUGAAAAAAAAAAAAUAAUAACUUUUUGUGACAGAGAUAAACCAGACAACUAAUCCUUAUAAUCUAUGUUAAUUACUUAAGAAACUAAAAUAAAUGACAUCAUCAAUUAUAUAAAAUAAAAAAAUGGAGCUUAAAAUGUAACUCUGUUCUAUGAUUAAUAUGAGAUUGAAGAUAAUUAGUUAUUACUAUAUAAUUAUCUUGAAUUAUUACCCACCAGAAGAUUUGAUUUUAAAAUACAUUAGGCGCAACAAUAAAUACAAUCAAAUUAAAAUUAAAUUAAUAAAGCAUAAAUUACAACUAACAAUCAGCAAAAAAAUACUCAAACAAAUUAAAUGCAAUAUCAUUAAGGAACAAGUAAUUAAAAUGCUAAUUUCAAUUAGAAAGAAUUUUAAAAUAUCAAUUAGAACAAUACAUCUUCUUUAAUUUAGAAUUUUGAUAAAUAAUAAUAACCCUAAUAGAUGAGUCAAUCUCAAUAGAAUCCAAAAAUUGUUUCUGUUAAUUAGUAAGAUAAUACAAACUACUAAAAUAAUGAAAAUUUAGAAUAAAAAUAAAUUCUAUUAUAUUUAUUAAGUUUGGCUUAGUAUAAAAUUCAAGGUUUUCAAAAAGAAGUUGAAGAAUUAUAAAAAAAUAACUAAAAUUUACAAUAAAGAAUUGAAGGUUUGUAAACUGAAAAGAAAAUUUUAGAAGAAGAAUUAAAAAAUAAGUAAUUUUCUUAUAAUAUUGAAUUGACAUGUAAUCUCCUAAAGACAUAAUAAUAAGAAACUCUGAAAUGGAUGGAUAGCUAAAAAUCAAACAUAACUUCAUAAAAUAAAUUAAAUAAUGCUAUCGAUAUCGAAAAAAGCAAAAUAACAUUCAAAAAUCAAUGUAACCAUAUAUUAGAAGAAAAUAAAAUUUAAUAGAUUUUAAUAAAAUCUUUGGAAAACAAAACAAUAGCUUAAUGUGAUUAAUGUAAACCUAAAUUAUCUAAUAAUAUUUUAAUAAAGAUGGGAUUUAUCGGAUAAACUUAUAAAGAAUUCUAGGCUUCGUAUGAAAUUGCAUAAUUAUAUUUAAAUCUUUAAUAAAAUUCAAAAUUUUAACUUUAUCAAUGUUAAUAAAACUUUUGUUCCUUUUUUUUUAUUUGGAAUGAGAAAUUUGAUAAAUAAAAAAUGCAAAGUUAUUUAUGUCCGAUGUGCUUACAGAAUUAAUUCUAGAAAAUUAAAUGA